UCCAGAAUUCAUAUUUAUGGAGUGAAUCAUUUUCGCACAAUGAAUAGUGAUUUAACCACAUCAGUAAAAGAUGAAAAUCAAUGCCCAUCACCUCCACGUCCCACAGUCUUAAAUAUUAAACCGCAUCAUGUAAACCACGAUCAACCAGCAGAAACACAAUCAGAACAUCAACAGAAUGCUGAAGAUACGAAUAAUCAAACAGAAACUGAUAAAUCAAAACGACGUUCUAGGCUCAGUUUUGAAUUCGAACAUUAUAACGAUGAAGAAAAUAAAACAAUACAUGGUUUUAAUUGUUCAAAUAUAACUGUGAUAGAGGUAGAUAAAGCCACCGAUGAUAAGACGAUAGUCAACGAUGGAAGUGAUAGUGGCGUCGAAUUAUGCGGUGGUACUGAACCAAGUGUCGUUGUUCAUAACGAGCAUGGUCGUGAAAUAUUACAACGUGCUUUAAGUAGCACCAGCGGUGGAGGUUACUCAUCUAGCUCAUGUAAUGGAGCUGACGAUGGUACUCUAGCAUUUUCCUGUGAUUCUAGUAUUGUAAGUUGUUGUUCAAAUUACGAAGAUGCAUUCGAUAUACUUGCCACAAAAAAUUCAACAUUACUCGAAGAUUUAUCUCGCCAUGCAAUGCGUGAUGAACGUGCCAGCGAAAAUGGUAGCGAAAGUUCAUCCGUUACUGGUGGUAAUAGUAUACGUACUCCAAAAAGUUCAUUAAGUUCACGACGUAAUAAUACAACAAAUGGUACGGUCAAAAAAAAAGUUGCCGUUACCGAGCCUUCAAGACAAUCACGCAACCGUAACGCAGAAAUUGUUAAUUCACCUACUCAAAGAUCUCGUUCAAAAUCGAAUUCGUCACGUAUUAAUAGUACAAAACCACCUUCCAAUUCCACGCUUAACAAUACACGUAUCAGAUCGAAAGAUAAACUUGAUCCAAAUGCAACUACCGCAACGAAGACAUCAACUAAAACAAGUACUUCAACAAGUAGUACGAAAACUAAACCAAAAAUUGACACAAAUACAACGGUAGCUAAACGAGAUACAUCUCUAUCAAGAAGUAAUCCAAAUAAAUUAAUAAAAACUCGAACACCGGCAUCCACACCUAGUGACGAUGGUCGGUGGCCCAGUACAGGUCUACGAUCAACUCCAACAACAAUAGCAAGAUCUGUGCGUGGUACUAGUCUAACGAAUGAUAAUAUUGGUAAUACUCCAAUGGUAUCAUCUGCCAAAGGAAAUCGUUUACAUCAAAUAUUGAACGUAGAAAGUAAAGCCACCGCAUUAGAAAAAUAUGCAACGUUGCCAAGGCGGAGGCGUGAACGAACACCUGAUUGUUCAAACAAAGAAUCAACAACUAGUCGUAGUCGAGAUCCUAGUUUAACAAGAACACCUGUACCGCCACGAAAGCCACGUGAAAAGGAAUCAUUAGGUGGAAAAUUUCUGCCACCUUAUCCAGUAAAACGAAAAGCACCUAAAAUCAAAAUAUACCACGAGACAAGUGUUCAAACGGCAUUAACAUCAGUUGAUUUAGAGAAUGUAUUUAGUGGGAACAUAACAAAAUCAAUUGAUCCAUCUGAAGUCGAAAAAAUGGAUUGUGGUGUCCAAGUGGAUCGUCGUAAUGAAAUUAUAGAACGAUUAGAAAAUCAAAUCAAAGAAUUAAAUGAUAAAAAUUUGAAAUUAUUACAAGAAAAUAAAGAGCAAAAUGAGAAAUUAAAUGAAAUCGAACAACAGUUAAAAAUUGAACGUGAAGAAAAGCAGGCUGCCAAAGACGAAUUGAAUCGAAAUGCGCAACGUGUCCUUGCAAUGGUGCAUAAAAAUAGCGAAGGUUCUAAAGAUGGGUGCGACGAUAGUCUUCUAGCCCUUGAGACUCAAUUCAAAAAUGCUGGAGAAAUUCUAAUAAAACAGGAACAAGAAAUAUCCGAAUUACAUGCAUUCACACGGUCUCUCCAGAGGGAUCUCCAAAAAAGUAAACGAAUUCAGGAACAAUUAAUGCAACAACGACAGGAAAUGGAAGCAGAAAGUAUUGAAUUAAAAGAAUUCAUGCAAGCUGAAAAGUCAACAUUAUCGGAAGUGUUGCGAGAAACAGAAGAAGAUGUACGAGUACACUUAUACAAAUUAAAACAAAAAGAAAGUGAAUUACAACGGCAGCAAGAGGAAUGUAAACAUCUUGUACGAAUUAGCGAACAACGGCGGCAAGAAAAUUUAACAUUACAAGCACGCUUUGGCUGCUUAGAAGCACGCAGUCGAGAAAUUCUAUUACAACAUGGUGCAGCAGUUUCUGGUGCUGCAGUUGCAUUAUCAGGACUUAUUGGACGAUUAGAAAGUCUUGUCACACAACUUGUAGCCUCAUAUAAUAUUUCGGAACAAGAUUUGGAGGAUGCCAUUUACCAUAAUGAAGCAUACAGCAACAGUGAAAGCAGUGAUGGUUCACCUAUUAAAUCAACAGCUAGCGGUAUGAGUAAACGAACUCCCUCACCAAAACGUGGUGCUUCGUUUGUUUCAGCUGUUAUUAGUGCUAUUAAAAAUGCAGCUGCGCAAACCGCUAUACGUGCUAAUUCUAUAGCUGCUGUUGGAUAUACGGAUAGUGAAGAUACUGAUUCUGGUGAACUUUUGGAUUCCGAAACUGAACCCGUACUAAUGAUGGAAAGUGUGUUAGAAGAUGUAACACUUCCUGAUACACAUUCUCAUAAUAUGGUAUCGUCAACACAUAGUUUAAUGUCAACAUCAUUAAAUGGUCGUCUUGCACAAAGUAGUGAAUCAUUACAUAAUUUAUCACAAUCGAUAUUAGCACGUCAACAGCAAGAACGUUGUACUGUAUUCGAUAAAAUCACACCAGCACCAGCAUUCACAUUGGUUGAUCAAGUAAUUGAUGUUGAUAAUAUGGUUACAAAAUUGUUAAAAGUUUUACGUAUUAUACAAAUUGAAAAUGAUUCAUAUGUAGAUGAAUUAAAUGAUGAACGGACACAAUUAACUGACCAAAUAAUCAAGCAAAAAGAAUCUUGUAAAGCUGCUGUUCAACAAUUACAAGAUUGGGAAAAAAUGGGUGCUAUAUUAAAAACACAAUUAUCAGAAGCAAACAAACAACUUGGAACAAAAACACAAGAAUUAAAUGAUGCUAAAACUGAAUUACAACAGCGAAGAACAGAAAUUGAUCGCUUAAAUGAAGACAUUUGUAAAUUAUCAUUAUUGUGCAGUCAAACUGAGUUAAAAUUACGUACACGUGAAGAAGAAGCGAACGCAACAUUAAAACAGUGGCAAGAAACAGGAAAAUUACCAACAGCAGAUGUUUUAGCACGACUUGUAACUGCACGGCAUGAGAUUCCUGCAUUAAAAGAAAAACUAUUAGAAAAAGAGCGAGAAUUAGGUGAAAUUACAGAAAAGUUUUCAACGAGUAAACAAGUAAUGACUGAAAGUUGGAAUCAAGCAAUUAGUGAAACCAGAAGGCAAUAUGAGGCAAUUGAUGCAGCUUUAGAGACAUUACUAAGUAUUCAAAGCGUUGUAGAAAAAUGUCCACCAUUAGCGAAGUUACAACAUGAAUUAGAAGAAAUUAGUUUUCAAUGCGCAUCGUCAAUCCCUUUAGUGCCAUUAGUAGUAGCAUCUGAUUUUAAUGCAAAUGCUAAUCAUCGUAUAGAAACUUCCCCAGUUACACCCAUCAACGGAACUGCAUGACCUUGUACUUAACGAAGUACUAACGAAAGAGAUCAAUAUUCGUAUUAAAUACAAGUCUUCUCUCAAUUUGAAACGAACAAUUGUUUUCAUUAUUUCUUUCUUUCUACA